AUGCACUGCUAUAGGGACUUGGUCAACUAUCUCAGCUGUGGGAUGAUCCUGGCAGGACUCUGGCACUUGGUCCAUCACAGGAAGACACAGACCUCCUAUGGGCGCCACAUGAGGCUCUCUUCUCCGGCUAAGACGGUCCCAGCCAGACUAGCCUGGUUCCUCCAGGAGAUGCCAGCUCUCCUGUUCCCCCUGCUUUUAAUGCUCACCUCGCACACACCCUCCAGUAUGGGGAAGUACCUGCUGCUUGGGACCUUUUGCAUUCACUACUUUCAAAGGACGUUUGUCUAUUCACUAAUGACCAGAGGAAGUCCUUACCCGCUGGGUGUGAUGGUGGCAGCAGGUUUAUUCUGCUCUGUAAAUGGGUUCCUACAGGGACACUACCUGCUGCACUGUGCCCAGUUUGAUGAAGAAUGGUCAGCAGGCUAUCGCUAUAAAACUGGUUUACUGCUGUUUUACAUUGGAAUGGCCAUCAAUGUACACAGUGACUAUAUUCUACACAGCCUGAGAAAACCCGGGGAAGUCGUUUACAAGAUUCCUAAAGGAGGUCUGUUUGAACAUGUGUCUGGUGCCAAUUACUUAGGAGAGAUAGUGGAGUGGUUUGGCUAUGCUGUAGCCACCUGGUCCCUUCCAGCACUCUCGUUUGCUGUGUUUAGCCUGUGUUUUAUUGGACCAAGAGCCUGUCACCAUCACAGGUUUUACCAAGAGAAAUUCAAAGACUAUCCCAAGUUACGAAAGGCUUUGAUUCCAUUCUUCUUCUGAGAGGAAAAAGCACCUGGCUGUUAUCUCGUAAGGGCAGAUAAUAAUUAAACCAGCAGCAGCUGAAGACAAGCACUCUCAUUGUUUUAUUUUUAAAACAGACUUUACAGAUUCAAUUCUAAAUCUGUUUAGAUUUUGCUUGCAGUCAUUGUUCAAAGCAAUUUUACACUGAUUCAUUGUUGAACUAUUUCUAUACAAACUGUGUUGAGACAAACUCACAUAAAUACAUAGAUACAAUCAUUUGCUGUACAUAUGAGAUAAAUGUUUAUUUUGUACAUCUCAUUACGCUGAUUGUGACUUGGCUCAGAGAUUUCCCCCGCCAUGGUCGGUCUGCCAACACAUCACUUUGCAAACAGGAAGGCAUUAAAGUGGAACAUGAAA